GUGGUCAGCCAGAUUGACAAGUUGACCUCUGACUUCGAGUUUGAGCUGGAACCAGAUGAUUGGACAACCACCACAGUGAGCAGCACCUCCAGCAGUGAGAAAGGUGGAGGCAUAUUUGACCUUGGACACCUGGAUUUCAUGACCUCAGAUAUCCUCUCUGACAGCUGGGAGUUCUGCUCCUUCCUUGAAGCCUCCACCCCUUCAGAUUCUGGGGAUGGCUCGGAGCAGCAACAGCAGCAGCAAGGGCAGCAACCCGAUUACCAGCUCAUGAAUGGUGGGGUGUUGAUCUCCAACGGACCCCGGAUUGAAACCCCAGACUCUUCCAGUGAGGAAGCUUUCAGAUCCAUACCAAGUCACAAACCUCAACAUCAGAGGACGCCGGGCACCAGGGAGCGGGUGCGGUUCAGUGACAAAGUCCUCUACCAUGCUUUGUGCUGUGAUGAUGAUGAGGAAGCGGACAGUGGGCCCCUUCUGGAGGACCCUCCGGAAGAGCCCAGCGAGACAACUCAGAAGGGGGCCUUAGUUGCCAAGACAGCAAUGCGACGGUCCCCUCACCUUGGCAGUGCUCAGCAGCGAAAGCUGACACGGAACAGUAGCACCCAGACGGUGUCGGAUAAAAGUACUCAGACGAUUCUCCCCUAUAUUUCGAGCAAGCAGAAACUCAGCAACAAGAACUGAGGACCAGCAGGGGUGAAGGGUGGGCUGG